AUGUCGAUGCGUUCGGUUGGGUCUUUGUCCCUAUCGAUCUCGUGUGUCAGAUCCCAUCGCAUCUUAGGCCGUACGCAAGACGCGAAUUACCUUUUGUGCGUUGUCAUGUACAUUGUGACUUGCAUCAUCACGUGCAUCGGCGACAUUCUCGAAUACUUCAUCAGCUGGGCGCACGUGAAGUCGGCGUGGUUCACGUACUCCAUGGUCAAGUUGUCGAACUCGGGCUUUAUCAUCACGGACUUGCUCGACUCGAUUCAGGGCGUGGGUGCUUUCAUGUGCGCCUUGUUCGGUGCGGUGGCUAGCGUAGGUGCCGUCUUUCUCAUUCCCGCAGGCAACGUGCCCACGCGCGUCGCCGCUGGGAUCUGCGGCUUCCUCACUGGCCCACUGGCAGGGAGCGUUGCGCCCGCUUUCAGGACCAGCUGUGCAGAAGCACUCCCGAUGUGUUGGGCGGACGCUCCACACAGUCUUCGCGCAUCUCACCAAGUGGUCUAUUCGGAGUUCGAGAAGCGGGUCCACCAAAUGGACUGA